AUGCCCUUCAGUUGGCCCGAGUGUGGGAAGAGAUUCAUGUUUUCCUGCAACUUGCAGAAGCACCUGAGCGGGCACCAGUGCUCCCAGCAUUCAGAUCCCACCCGUGACGCUGCCUUAGGUCACCUCCCAGGACUGAACCUUCUGGCAGUUCUGACACUGGGUGCAGUGGGAGACUUCUUCAAUGGAGGAGUGGCAGCUGGAGCCCAGGGGUUCAACUACCCCCCGGAACUGGAGGAAGGUCCAAGCACCAGGAAGCGGGGGGUUCACACCGGGGCGAGGUCCUUCACUCGGUCCAAGUGUGGGAAGGGAUCCACUAACUCCUCUGACCUGCAGACAAACCGGCACAUUCACACCAGGGAGAGGCUGUUCACUUGCUUCGUCUGUGGGAAAGGGUUUAGCCAUUCAUCCAUCCUGCUGGCGCACAGGCGCAUCCACACUGAGGAUAGACCGUUCUCCUGGUCUGUGUAUGAUUCUUUACAUCUGUCAGAAACAGUAGUCACCAAAGCGCACACUGCGCAUGUUCCGAGGUGUCAGCGAGGAAGGCGCAUGCUCACCCGUGUCAGCAAAGUAGUACGCAUGCUCCUCGAAGCCCGAAGAAUUGCACGCGACUUCCUGUAG